AAUUAUAAGAAGUAGCACACUUAAAGCUACCUAUUUUAAAGUAUAUUACGGUGAUAAAGAAACUAAGAUAGUACUAAAAACUUAAGUAAGACAAAGACAGCUGUUUUUUUCCUUGCCAUGUCGGGCUUUUCUUUAAAUAUUUUUACGCUCAAUUGUUGGGGUAUACCUAUUGUCUCUAAAAACAGAAAAGAACGUAUGAAAGCAAUCUCUUCAUAUCUACAAGAAAGUUGUCAUACAGUGGUGUGCCUACAGGAGAUUUGGAGUGAGGAUGAUUAUCUGUUUAUUAAAGAAAAACUGAAACGCAACCUGCCCUACUCUCAUUACUUCUACAGUGGAGUCCUUGGAUCAGGUCUCUGUGUUUUCUCAAAGUGGCUUAUCCAGGACGUUUUUUUCCACCAAUGGCCAUUGAAUGGCUACAUCCAUAAGAUCCACCAUGGGGAUUGGUUUGGAGGCAAGGGUGUCGGUUUGUGUCGGAUCCGAGUAAAAGAUAGGCUGGUUAACAUUUACUGUACCCAUUUACAUGCUCAGUACCAUGAGGAUGAUAUUUACUUAGCACAUAGGACUCUGCAAGCGCAUUCCACUGCAGAGAUUGUAAGUCUGACUAAAUCCACAGCCGAUGUAUCCAUCCUUGCUGGAGACCUCAACACAGGCCCUGGCGAUUUGUCCUACAGAUUAAUAACAGAACUUCCAUCACUCAUAGACCCGUACGACUUGGAGUGUGAGAAUACCAACCCUGCUGUUAGGAAAGCCACCGGCACCAACGACAACGCCAACAACAGCUACUCUGAUAAGAGGCAAGUGAAGCUGUGCCCUGAGGGGAAGAGGCUUGAUCAUAUACUGUACCAUGUCAACUCUCAGUGGGCGGCCGAGGUCAUUAACUUUGGCAACCCACUCGAAGAUAGGGUGCCUGGGGAGCAAUUUUCGUACUCGGACCACAACGCAGUUGCCCUUGAACUGCAUAUGCGGCCGACAGAAGGCUCGUACAAAGACCACAAGGUCUAUAAUAAGGACGGGUCGCUGGAUGACACGAUUGCAGCCGCCUACAAAGUCUGCGAUGAGGCUUACACCAACUUGUCCAAAACAAGAAAGCUGUAUUUGUUAGCUGGAGGUCUGAUCUUCAUGUUCCUACUAGGCUCAUUUGGUCACUGGACGGACUACGUAUUAUACAACGUACUUAAGAUAAUUAUCACUGGACUAAGCUUCUAUUAUCUGAUAAUGGGAACUUUGUGGAACAGAAUUGAGACGAACAGCUUGAAAGCGGGACUGAGCGCUCUUGACAAUUUUGGCAAAACCAGGAGGCAGUUGUAAAGGGGCGACGGAGAGUCCAACCUGUGAUAGUAUUUGUUGAUUUUGUUAAUGAAAAUUACCUACAUGUGAUGAUGUAACAAUAAGGUCCACUUUGUUGUUGUCAACAAGAUACUAGACACAUAAAAUGUUCAAUUAGACAAAACACUUGUUGACAAUCUACAAAAAGUUAAAUAAGUUUAUAAGGGGCCGUAGUCGAUUUUGGAGCAAAAAUUUAAAAUUGAUAGAUUUAGUCGUUGAAAUUAUACACGUUUUGUUACGUAAUAUCUAAAUAACAAGUAUUAGUUCGUCUUCUCAUCUUGCCUUUUAAUAAUCACUGGUCACUGGUAAUAAAUGAAGAGAAGGGGCAGUUUUUAAAAAUUCAUCAAAAAUUUAUGGUGGUAAAUUAUACAAAUUGAUGUAUAAGAAUAGUUUCAGCAAAUGUUGUAGAUUGUUUAAGUAUCAAAAUUAUGUGGAAAUUAAGUCGAUUUUCAGAGAAAUUGUCACUUGUUAUGAAGUAAUUUCUGGAGAAAAUUGAUUUCUUCUAACUUUCAUUUACACUACUUCAAAGUCAUAAUAAUAAAAAUGUAGUCCGAUAAACGUCAAGUACAGGAUAUGUGUAAUACAAAAUUACCAUGUUUAGCCGUCCAAACUUUACGAAAUUUACAAAUAAGAGCGACAAAAUCAGUGCUUUACGCACGUUUACCUAAACGUCCAUCAGAAAAGCCAACAUUACUAAUUUAGUGAGUCUGUUUUCAAAAAAUGUAUCUGAUAAAAGGUAAGAUAAGAAGACGUGCUAAUAGAAACCAGUACUUGUUAUUUCAAUUAGGUAACAAGAGGUGUACAAUUUCACCGACUAAAUCUAUCAAUUUUUCAUUUUUGCGACUAAAAUCGACACCGGCCUCUUAAGUUCAGUAUUAGGUAGAUAGUCUUUAGUUUUCAGCUGACCCUUACGGCUAACUAAUUGUCUAUUACACCGCACGUGCUACUUACCUGCAUAAAAAAGGUUCAGUCACUUUAACCGGUUAUUGAAUUAAAACUCCUAUUUCAAUUGCAAUAAGAUUCAAAAUGAACAUAUGGAAAAAUAAUUUGCGAUUUCUCGUGUGCUCUACGGUUACUAAGUGCCGGCGACUUGAACGCGACAGAACCAGUCUAAAAUGUGUCAUCGAGAUACGUAACAAAGGCGCGUAAUCGGAGAAUUCGGAGAGCGCACUUACACAGGUUUUUUGAGCGUUAGACUAGCCCGCGCUCAAGUGCCAAUUAGAAUUAUACGCAGUGGCGUAGCUAGGCGUGGGCGAAGUGAGCCGUCGCCCACGGCCUCGCGCCCCAAGGGGGGCCUCGAGUGAGGCCCCUUCGGGCACAGUGAAAGUAAAGGGCCUCUCAGAUGCGAUUUCGCCCACGGCUAGAUUAGUUCACGCUACGCCACUGGUUAUACGACAAUGACCAACCCUUUUUUUGCAGGUAGUAGCAAUUCAUACUAUACGUACCAGAUGGAUGAUGGAGAAAAUUGUUGAUCCCAACAAUAAUGAUUAAAUAUGCCGAAUAUCUAACAUAGAGCAGAUCUGAUGAUGCAGUUGGAAGGUCGGUCAACUUAGGAUUGGGCUUCUUAGAAAGGUUUCGAGGGGGAAUAAUAAUUAAGCGAGGUUUAGACUAGCAAGAGUAGCAAGAACUGGCAUGCAGUUUUCAUUAUAUGGCGGUAUCUAAUCAAACUUUUCAAUGCAGUUUACAUUACAGUCGGAAAUGUAACGUAAAUUGCAUGCAUGUCCUUACUAGUCUACGCCUCGCUUUAGAUGUGCGGAUGAUGGACAGGCACUACAGACAGCUAUGUUCAUCUUGUUUUACGUAAGACAGUAUUUACAACUUUCUAAUUUAUUUGUGGUCUUUAAUGAUGUAAGAUUAUAAUAGUUAUUAUUUUAAUUUCAUCCAUUUUAUGUCACUAUCCAUAUUAAUUUAAAUACGUAGACAAUAUAAAAUGUAUGCUAUAACAUUCCAAUAUUUUUAAUUGAAACUA